AUGCCCGAAAUUGAACAUGUCAUGGUAGAGCUUCUUCCUGGCAACGCAUCCCGACAAAGCGUGUACAUACUCAAUGUAUACAGCAGCCCCAGUCACCACAAGCAACGGCUCAAACGCCUGUUCCAGAAAGCCAUUCGCCUCGCCGGCUCCAACCCGAUAGUGAUCGCGGGCGACUUUAACGCCGCGCAUCGCACCUGGGGCUACGCGUACGACACCCCCAAGGGUACCGAGCUUUGGCAGAACGCGAACGACAUGAAUCUUACCCUCAUUACGGACAAGGCUUUCCCCACCCGCACUGGCACGUCCAUGCAAAGAGACAGCACCCCGGAUCUCUGCUUCGUCAAGAAUGUCGCCGACGCCCAACGACCCCCUCCCUGCGCCACGCCAAGUCUCGAGACAUGGACGGAUCAGCUUAAGGUCGACGUCGGCAAGGCCACCAAAACCAUCCGUACAAACCUGCCCACCGAGAGGAUGGACAGUCGCCUAGCCCACCUGCUCGAGGCCAAACAAUCCCUACUGGCCCGAUGGAAGGGCCAGCGCCUCAAUCGGAGGUUACGCAAACGCAUAUCCGAGCUGAACAAGAGCAUAGCGGAUCACUGCAGCACCCUUUUCAAACAGCAGUGGGACGAAAUACUCCAUCAGGCCAAAGGGACCGCACCACCCAAAGACGUCGCCAAGAGCCUCGUGCAGAAAUAUCUACCGCUUCCCGCGGACCCGUCGAUUCCUCACCCUGAAUACACUGGUACCGACAACACCCACUUAGACGCCGACUUUUCCGUCGAAGAGGUGCGCCGAGCUCUCCACGAACUCAAUGGCCGCUCCACCCCUGGCCCCGAUGGCAUCCCCAACAAGCUCCUACGCAACUUGGAUGAGCCCUCCGUCAAUUACCUCACCGAUACUAUAAACGAAACGUGGAAGAAGGGCGAGCUACCCAACGCCUGGAAACUCGCCCACACGAUCCUUAUUCCCAAACCGGGAAAAGCGCCUAGCUUAGAUCACCUCCGGCCCAUCUCGCUCACGUCGGAUCCAAUGAAGUGUUGCAGUGACCCCGGGGGCCUCCGCACGCCUGAAGGCCUGCUUGACUAG